UGUGUUUUAUAAUAUUUUACAUGGAUCAUCUUUGCACUAGACGCCAACCAAUAUAUCGGCCAGCCGACAUUAUCGGCCAAUGUUGGCCUUCUGCAGACAUAUUGGUGUCAUAUCACAUGUUAUCUCACAUGUGCCGAUAUGGAAACUGUGUUUUUUUUCCCCGAUAAAACCCAUUUGCAGGCUGCCCUGUCAGUGUCAAAUGAUGAAGGUGGAGAAAAAGUUAGUUUUGAGCCCUGUACUUUAACUCUCAUGCAUCCUGCUUUAAACAUAUGCCUGAAUUUCCUGUAGAAUAAAAUUGCACAUUGCUUUUCUUUGUUUUAAUAUUGCCAUUGUAUCUCGGCCAUCGGCAACCCUGCUCUCUAAACAUCGACUUCGGCCAUUGAAAAUCCUAUAUCAGUUGACUACUAGUAUAUAACAAUAAACAAUUCUUGUGGUAAUAUAUUGCUGUCACUGCAGAGUGCGCUUUGAUUUACAAUACUGUGACAAGCAGCACAGAGGAAGAGAGGAGAAGCAGCUCUCAGCAAUAUUUAAUAUGUUAAGUAUAUUUAACUAAAAUUAGUUAUUUGUUACCUUUGCAGUCGUAUCAGUGCACAAUACAGAUAGAAAAGCUCUAUUUUAAUUCCAGCUCAAAAAAUCCCUAUAUCAGCCAUAUUGGAAAUCAAUCAAUUUUUCCCUUUUAAAAUCGGCAUUGGUCUCAAAUAUCCCAUUGGUCGGGCUUUACUUUGGUUGGACAAAAAAAAGAUAUAUACAGAUUUCACCAUGGGCUCUCAGAAGUAGUGACAAGCAUUUUUCAGUAUAUUUAAACAUUUAAUAGAGGAGUGAUUGAUUAAAUAAUCACAUAUUAAUGGAUUAUGAAAAAAAUAAUUAGUUGCAGCUCUGUUUGCUGUUUUGAUGUUUUAAGUAUAUAAUUCCAUGAUGACGUUGUUUUAAAAGGUCUUGCAGGUGUAGUGCUUGUUUGUGGACGUGCUGAAAACUGACUAGCCAUUACAGUGUAUCCUCAUAUUGUGUUUGUUCUAAAAUGGCUUUCGUUUUCAUUUCAUUGCCUUUAUAAAACUUACAACUAUUGACAGUAGGUCUGGAAACGAAGUGAAUUGAACAGCAGGUGCUGUUUAGAUUGAAUAACUGUGACUGAGACUUGAGUUGGCCUAGAGAGAAAUCCACUGUUCCCCUCCCCAACCUCCUGUUCCUGACCCUCUCUGAUACACAUCUCUCACCAUGAAUGAAGUUAAUAUAGUCAGAGAGGGCUGGCUCCACAAAAGAGGUGAAUACAUCAAAACAUGGAGGCCAAGGUAUUUCAUCUUGAAGAGUGAUGGUUCCUUUAUUGGUUACAAGGAGAAACCCGAUCUGAAUGACCAGACGUCACCACCACUCAACAACUUCUCAGUGGCAGAAUGCCAGUUAAUGAAGACCGAAAGACCCCGGCCCAACACAUUUGUCAUCCGUUGCCUACAGUGGACCACUGUCAUUGAACGCACCUUUCACGUGGACAGCAAUGAGGAGAGAGAGGAGUGGAUGCGGGCAAUCCAGUCCGUGGCAAAUAGUCUGAAGAUGCGGGAACAGGAGGAGGAGGAACCGAUGGAUAUGUUCGGCUCACCCAGUGAAAGCAGCCUGGAGGAGAUGGAGGUGGCCAUGUCCAAGAGCUGCUCCAAAGUGACAAUGAGUGACUUUGAGUACCUGAAGCUGCUUGGGAAGGGGACGUUUGGGAAGGUGAUUCUGGUCAAAGAGAAGUCCACUGGAGUGCAUUAUGCCAUGAAAAUACUGCGCAAAGAGGUCAUCAUAGCCAAGGAUGAGGUGGCCCACACAGUUACAGAGAGCAGAGUGUUACAAAACACGCGGCACCCCUUCCUCACGACACUGAAAUAUGCCUUCCAAACCCACGAUCGACUCUGUUUUGUAAUGGAAUAUGCCAAUGGAGGCGAGCUCUUCUUCCACCUGUCACGGGAACGAGUGUUCACGGAGGACCGGGCACGCUUCUACGGCGCCGAGAUCGUAUCAGCACUUGAGUACCUCCAUUCACGUGACGUUGUUUACCGCGACCUGAAGCUGGAGAAUCUGAUGCUGGACAAAGACGGUCACAUCAAAAUCACUGAUUUUGGUCUUUGUAAGGAGGGCAUUACCCCUGACGCUACCAUGAAAACCUUCUGUGGAACUCCUGAAUAUCUGGCCCCUGAGGUACUAGAAGAUAAUGACUAUGGCCGUGCAGUGGACUGGUGGGGUCUGGGUGUAGUCAUGUAUGAGAUGAUGUGUGGCCGCCUGCCUUUCUACAACCAAGACCAUGAGCGUUUGUUUGAGCUCAUUCUCAUGGAGGAGAUCCGCUUCCCUAGGAACCUGUCGCCCGAGGCCAAGUCCCUGCUGGCCGGCCUGCUCAAGAAGGACCCCAAACAGAGGUUAGGUGGAGGUCCUGAGGAUGCCAAAGAAGUGAUGACUCACAAAUUUUUCAUCACCAUCAACUGGCAGGAUGUGGUGCAGAGGAAGCUCACCCCACUCUUCAGACCGCAAGUGACAUCAGAGACAGACACCCGGUACUUUGAUGAGGAGUUCACAGCGCAGACCAUCACACUCACUCCUCCAGACAAGUAUAACAGUCUGGACUGCGAGGACCCUGGCCAGCAAGCACAUUUUCCCCAGUUCUCGUAUUCUGCUAGCAUAAGAGAGUGAUAGCACCUCUGCCACACACACACAGACAAACACACAAGGCAUGAACACCUUGGCUACAUCCCUUACAGCUACAAAAUGGCCAGAACCUCCAUCUUUAAUGAGGUUUUGGUCCCAUCAGGAUCUAAGUGCCUCAGCCGGCAGCCAUAUUGUUCUAUAGAAACCCCUCCAUACACACUAUGGGCAACGCCUGGCCACACUGGCUGUACUGUAUUAAACUGGAGUUCAGUACCUCAAAUAGUCAUCAGCACAAGAAAACAACAAAAUCAGGACUCCGUCUGUAGCGCCUUUGGGUGGCCUAUAAACAAUUACUGCUGCUCUUUCUGACUGUAAACACAGAUCAUUUUAACUCCUUUUUAUGGUCUCAUGAGAAGCCAUACAGUUCCUUCACCAUGUUUCCAAGUGCUCUUCAGAACUAGCUGUUACCACUGGUGAUAGAAAUGGUGUGUGUGUGUGGAUUUUUUAUUUUUUUUUUGUAAAUGGGGGCAUCCGAUCCAAACUAAACGUAUCAGUUUAGUCAGAGUGUGUGAGGCUUUGUGUGCGUCUUGCCCGAUACACAUCAGGAACAACAUGAAUUGAUGAUAACACAUGAUAAUCCAAGUGUGUCUGUGGAGAGACGCUCUGAGCGAGUGAAUCACGAGGCGUCGGAGAGAGAGGCUGUCCUUUUAAAACUGUAUGCAAUUAGAAGCAAUGCAAUUGUAUAUUCGUUUGCUCUCAUCUCAGAAUGUGAUCUCUGUUAACAGAUCUGUCAAGUGCAACACAGCAGUUAAUGGGAAUUUGGGAAUACCUUCAUGCACAAGGUGUAUAUGUUAUUUUUGUUUUUAAGUUUUUUUUUUUUAUUUUAACACAUUUCUGAUCUUUCUUGAUCAGCAAAAUACACACCAGCCAUGUGAUUUAAGAGGCUUAAUAAGCACAGUGAUUUAAAGCAGACCUGAUUUUUCUCAAAUGGACAUGUUCAUAAUGUAGCUGAAAGCUUCCUGGAUUGAUGUCGAUGCUCAUUAUUUUUGUAACCCUUCACUGAAAUGUUAGUAGUAAACAAGUGUGCUCAGAUAGUUUUCUGAUUUACAUCUCCAUCUGGCCAGUUUAAUUUCAGUACAUUUCUUGUAUGUCUUAAGGCAAUUUCCCCCUUUUCCCCUUAUGAAAUCAAUGUAAGACUGUACGCUGGUGAGCUAGACAGCUUUUUCAGGUCAAGCCACGGGAGGAUAUUCACGGUUAACAAUAUUCACAAUAAAUAUAUCUGAAUGUUUUUUAGUGCAAUUCUAUCGUAUAUCCUCCCAUCCCUACUUGGAAGCUAUUCAGUCAACUAGAUGCAAUUGAAUCCCAUAGACCCCUUUAAUUGAGAACGGAAUGUAGAUAGUAAGGUAUCAAAAACGUUUGGGUAUUUGUAGUGAAACUCAGGCGUUGGUUUGACUAGGGAUGGGAAUCAAGGAUUCUUAUCCAUUUGUUUUAUUGUCGCAGUUAUUGUGACAGUUCUAUAUUGCAAAACAAUGAAGUCGAUCUUGUGCACCUAUCCUGCUAUAUACUCGCAACAAGGAGUCAUGGUGGAUAGAAAGCUGUGUGUAAAAUGAUCCUUCCAUCUGCAGUGAUCAUCUUUUUACACAUGAAACAUGGCCUUAAAUUCCAGGAAUGCCAUGUGUUUGUAUAAAUGUAUUAAUGUCUUUAGUCUUUGCCUAAGAAAGCCUAAAUGAAAACAAAUGCUGUACAAAUAUUCUCUCGCUGCAUCCACUUUAGAUUAUGACAGACAGACACAGGUCUGUUUAGGUCUGCACAGAAAAUUGAUCAGGAAUCAAUAAGGGAAUCACUGAAGAAUCGGACUGAUAAGAUGACUCGAUUGCAGCAUUGAUAUCAGUUCCCAGCCCCAGUAUUGGCACUGCUGUUGAUAACCAGCCCGAGCCCCAAACUAAAUUCCCUGCACUUCCAGAGAACAUGUUUAUAUUUGGAGUGACGUCCUUUCUUAGCAUUCAGAGCUAGACUAGAUAAGAUGUACCUUUAUUGAUCCCCUGUAGGAGAAAUUCAAGUCAGACACAGCAAUUCUGAAGCUUUGUUAUAGUUUAUCUCUGUAGCCUUUCCUCUGAUGUAACUCGCCUUUACCUACUGGAGACUUUACACGUUUGAAGUUGUGGCUGACAGUUAUCCUCCUGGCCAUUCUUCCAUCUUUUUGUAAAUCUUACAGCGUUCUACUUCAUCCAAACUGCUCCUUUUUUUCAGACUGCAAUGUGCCACUAGAUUGAACCGGACGAUUAAAGUUUGAGCUGGAGAGCUAAAAAAAAAUCAUCCAGGGAGCUGCGUACAUCAUGAAUAUAGUCCAAUUGUUUGUGUUUGAGUGCGAUGGUGACUCGCAAGGAUGUCUCUUUCGAAAUUCUUCCCAUCUGUUAUCAAUCGCUGCACAACUAAAAAUGGUAACCAGGAGUGGCGUACCAUUAAGAUUUGCAAUACUGGGUGUUAAACUGUACAUGAAAAUGCAUCCUUUAACUUGGUGCUACACUGUUUAGUCACUGGUAAUAAAUAAAGAGCUGGUGCAGACAAACCUGCUCAACUUCCCGUCGCUCACAGAGCCUUCUACCACAUAUGCUGUUUUGACAUAAUUUCCGUUAUUUUCGUUUUUGUCUUGUUUUUUCAUCUUGACUUACCGUUUUUCCUCACCCUUCCUGUACUCUGAACCUCCUUCACAAAUUAAGGAAAUUCAUAAUGGUUGAACGAAAUGUAUGUUUUCAGUUACAUUAUUCUAUUCAAGCAAUUCAUUUCUAUGUCUAUGAAUGUAAUUCUGAAAGACAAUGAUCCAAUACACGUUUUUAACGGUC